AUGCUAUGCGAGUUACGUUUCAAUCUGCCAGUCCCAAAAGCGCGGCAGUUGCAGCAAAUGAAAUUAACACAUGCAAUUCGACCAGGAUCAAAGAAAAACCUAGAGUCGAUCGAUAGCGGCGACGAGUACAGGCUUUGUCACUUUAAUAUCUAUCUAUCUAUCUAUCUAUCUAUCUGUCAUGGUUCUUUCUUCUAUUUUUUUUUUUUUUUCAUUCUUUCGUUCAGGUUAAGUUUACUUCAUUUUUUUUCUUUCUUUCUUUUGUCCCUAUCUCUUUUUCAAUCUUAUAAUCUAUUUUGCUUUUCGGCUUUAAGCCUCACUUUCGUUUUCUCAUUUAAUUUAUACUUUAUCUUUUUUUUUUUUUCAUUUGCCCUUCUGUAUUUUUGCGCCAUUUUUUUAAUCUGUCGCUGCAUUGCCUUUUUUUUUUGUUUUUCUUCUUUCCUUUCUUAUCCUCUCGUUCUUUUUCUUUUCUUUCUUUCUUUUUUCUUUCUUUCUUUCUUUCUUUCUAUUUAUCCUCUUUCUUUCUUUCUUUCUUUCUUUCUAUUUAUCCCUCUUUCAUUUUUCUUUUUUCUUUCUAUUUAUCCCUCCUUCUUUCUUUUUUUCUUUUUUCUAUUUAUCCCUCUUUCUUUCUUUCUUUCUUUCUUUAUUUCUUUCUUUCUUUCUAUCUAUUUAUCCCUCUUUCUUACUUUCUUUCUUUUUUCUUUCUUUCUUUCUUUCUUUCUUUUUUUCUUUCUUUCUUUCUUUCUUUCUUUCUUUCUACUUAUCCCUCUUUGUUUCUUUCUUUCUAUUUAUCCUUCUUUCUUUCUUUCUUUCUUUCUUUCUUUCUUUAUUUCUUUCUUUCUUUCUUUCUUUCUUUCUUUCUAUUUAUCCCUCUUUCUUUUUUCUUUCUUUCUUCCUAUUUAUCCCCCUUUCUUGCUUUCUUUCUUUCUUUCUUUCUUCCUAUUUAUCCCUCUUUCUUUCUUUCUUUCUUUCUUUCUUUUUUUCUUUCAUUCUUUCUUUCUAUUUAUCCCUCUUUAUUUCUUUCUUUCUUUCUUUCUUUCUUUCUUUCUUUCUUUCUAUUUAUCCCUCUUUCUUGCUUUCUUUCUUUCUUUCUUCUUAUUUAUCCCUCUUUCUUUCUUUCUUUCUUUCUUUCUUUCUUUCUAUUUAUCUCUCUUUCUUUCUUUCUUUGUUUCUAUUUAUCCCUCUUUCUUUCUUUCUUUCUUUCUUCCUAUUUAUCCCUCUUUCUUUUUUUCUGUCUUUCUUUCUAUUUAUCGCUCUUUUUUCUUACUUUCUUUCUUUCUUUCUUUCUUUCUUCCUAUUUAUCCCUCUUUCUUUUUUCUGUCUUUCUUUCUAUUUAUCGCUCUUUUUUCUUACUUUCUUUCUUUCUUUCUUUCUUUCUUUCUUACUUUCUAUUUAUCCCUCUUUCUUUCUUUCUUUCCUUUCUUUUUUUUCUGUCUUUCUUUUCUAUUUAUCGCUCUUUUUUUCUUUCUUUCUUUCUUUCUUUCUUUCUUUCUAUUUAUCCCUCUUUCUUUCUUUCUUUCUUUCUUUCUAUUUAUCCCUCUUUCUUUUUUUCUGUCUUUCUUUCUAUUUAUCGCUCUUUUUUCUUACUUUCUUUCUUUCUUUCUUUCUUUCUAUUUAUCCCUCUUUCUUUCUUUCUUUCUUUCUUUCUAUUUAUCCCUCUUUCUUUUUUUCGGUCUUUCUUUCUAUUUAUCGCUCUUUUUUCUUACUUUCUUUCUUUCUUUCUUUCUUUCUAUUCAUCGCUCUUUCUUUCCUUCUUUCUUUCUUCCUAUUUAUCCCUCUUUCUUUUGUUCUGUCUUUCUUUCUAUUUAUCGCUCUUUUUUCUUACUUUCUUUCUUUCUUUCUUUCUUUCUUUCUUUCUUCCUAUUUAUCCCUCUUUCUUUUUUUCUGUCUUUCUUUCUAUUUAUCGCUCUUUUUUCUUACUUUCUUUCUUUCUUUCUUUCUUUCUAUUUAUCCCUCUUUCUUUCUUUCUUUCUAUUUAUCCCUCUUUCUUUUUUUCUGUCUUUCUUUCUAUUUAUCGCUCUUUUUUCUUACUUUCUUUCUUUCUUUCUUUCUUUCUUUCUUCCUAUUUAUCCCUCUUUCUUUUUUUCUGUCUUUCUUUCUAUUUAUCGCUCUUUUUUCUUACUUUCUUUCUUUCUUUCUUCCUAUUUAUCCCUCUUUCUUUUUUUCUGUCUUUCUUUCUAUUUAUUGCUCUUUUUUCUUACUUUCUUUCUUUCUUUCUUUCUUUCUUUCUUCCUAUUUAUCCCUCUUUCUUUUUUUCUGUCUUUCUUUCUAUUUAUCGCUCUUUUUUCUUACAUUCUUUCUUUCUUUCUUUCUUUCUAUUUAUCCCUCUUUCUUUCUUCCUUUCUUUCUAUUUAUCCCUUUUUUUUUUUUCUGUCUUUCUUUCUAUUUAUCGCUCUUUUUUCUUACUUUCUUUCUUUCUUUCUUUCUUUCUUUCUUUCUAUUUAUCCCUUUUUCUUUCUUUCUUUCUUUCUUUCUUUCUUUCUUUCUUUCUUUCUUUCUUUCUGUCUAUUUAUCCCUCUUUCUUUUUUUCUGUCUUUCUUUCUUUUUAUCGCUCUUUUUUCUUACUUUCUUUCUUUCUUUCUUUCUUUCUUUCUUUCUAUUUAUCCCUCUUUCUUUCUUUCUUUCUUUCUUUCUUUCUUUCUAUUUAUCCCUCUUUCUUUUUUUUUUUCUUUCUUUCUAUUUAUCGCUCUUUUUUCUUUCUUUCUUUCUUUCUUUCUUUCUUUCUUUCUAUUUAUCCCUCUUUCUUUCUUUCUUUCUUUCUUUCUUCCUAUUUAUCCCUCUUUCUUUUGUUCUGUCUUUCUUUCUAUUUAUCGCUCUUUUUUCUUACUUUCUUUCUUUCUUUCUUUCUUCAUAUUUAUCCCUCUUUCUUUUUUUCUGUCUUUCUUUCUAUUUAUCGCUCUUUUUUCUUACUUUCUUUCUUUCUUUCUAUUUGUCCCUCUUUCUUUCUUUCUUUCUUUCUUUCCUUCUAUUUAUCCCUCUUUCUUUUUUUCUGUCUUUCUUUCUAUUUAUCGCUCUUUUUUCUUACUUUCUUUCUUUCUUUCUUUCUUUCUUUCUUUCUUUCUUUCUUCCUAUUUAUCCCUCUUUCUUUUUUUCUGUCUUUCUUUCUAUUUAUCGCUCUUUUUUUUUUUCUUUCUUUCUUUCUUUCUUUUCUUUCUUUUAUUUAUCCCUCUUUCUUUUUUCUGUCUUUCUUUCUAUUUAUCGCUCUUUUUUCUUACUUUCUUUCUUUCUUUCUUUCUUUCUUUCUUUCUAUUUAUCCCUCUUUCUUUCUUUCUUUCUUUCUAUUUAUACCUCUUUCUUUUUUUCUGUCUUUCUUUCUAUUUAUCGCUCUUUUUUCUUACUUUCUUUCUUUCUUUCUUUCUUUCUAUUUAUCCCUCUUUCUUUCUUUCUUUCUUUCUUUCUUUCUUUCUUUCUUUCUAUUUAUCCCUCUUUCUUUUUUUCUGUCUUUCUUUCUAUUUAUCGCUCUUUUUCUUACUUUCUUUCUUUUUUUCUUUCUUUCUUUCUUCAUCCCUCUUUCUUUCUUUCUUUCUUUCUUUCUUUCUAUUUAUCGCUCUUUUUUCUUACUUUCUUUCUUUCUUUCUUUCUUUCUAUUUAUCCCUCUUUCUUUCUUUCUUUCUUUCUAUUUAUCCCUCUUUCUUUUUUUUUUCUGUCUUUCUUUCUAUUUAUCGCUCUUUUUUCUUACUUUCUUUCUUCCUUUCUUUCUUUCUAUUUAUCCCUCUUUCUUUCUUUUCUUUCUUCCUAUUUAUCCUCUUUCUUUUUUUCUGUCUUUUCUUUCUAUUUAUCGCUCUUUUUCUUUUCUUUCUUUCUUUCUUUCUUUUUCUUUUCUUUCUAUUUAUCCCUCUUUCUUUCUUUCUUUCUUUUCUUCCUAUUUAUCCCUCUUUCUUUUUUUUUUGUCUUUCUUUCUAUUUAUCGCUCUUUUUUCUUACUUUCUUUCUUUCUUUCUUUCUUUCUAUUUAUCCCUCUUUCUUUCUUUCUUUCUUUCUAUUUAUCCCUCUUUCUUUUUUUCUGUCUUUCUUUCUAUUUAUCGCUCUUUUUUCUUACUUUCUUUCUUUCUUUCUUUCUUUCUAUUUAUCCCUCUUUCUUUCUUUCUUUCUUUCUUUCUUUCUAUUUAUCCCUCUUUCUUUUUUUCUGUCUUUCUUUCUAUUUAUCGCUCUUUUUUCUUUCUUUCUUUCUUUCUUUCUUUCUUUCUUUCUAUUUAUCCCUCUUUCUUUCUUUCAUUCUUUCUAUUUAUCCCUCUUUCUUUUUUUCUGUCUUUCUUUCUAUUUAUCGCUCUUUUUUCUUACUUUCUUUCUUUCUUUCUUUCUUUCUUUCUUUCUUUCUUUCUUUCUUUCUAUUUAUCGCUCUUUUUUCUUUCUUUCUUUCUUUCUUUCUUUCUUUCUAUUUAUCCCACUUUCUGUUUUCUUUCUUUCUUUGUCUUUUGUUUAUUUCAGUCUUUUUUUACUGUUUUCUUUUUUCUUAUUUCUCUUUAUUUUUCAUUUAUGUUUUUUCAUUCUCUUGCUCUUGUUUCUUUCCUUCAUUUUUGUCUUUAUUUUGACUUUUCUUUCUUUUUCAUUACUCUUUAAAAUGUUGUCAUUUUUUUUCCAUUUCUCUAAUUCCUUACAUUAUUUUACUGACCUUUCUUUCUUUUUUUCAUUUUUUCCUUUUUACCUUCUUUUAGAUUUUCAUUCUUCUUCUUCUUCGUUUCGAUUACAAUUGUUAUUAUUAAUUCAUUAUACUGCUUGCUCGACACAAGUCCGCCAUAGCCAUUUCUCGAAAAUGGCGUCUUUUCUAUCUCGUAAUCGAAAUAUCACUGGAUUUCUCCUAACACCCCGGUCCACCGUCCAUCGUAACUACCCGCCGCUGUACUGUCAUUGCUUUUAUAACCUUUUAACAAUCUUUCCUGUUGGUCUUUACCAAACUAAUAUCCCUACGUAA